UUGGAGCUGUUCUCCUACUGGGUGUCAUCCAUCACCACUGAUGGACACAAGGGUUUUUUUGGUCAGAAAAUAACAUUCAGAUCCUCUUUUGUCCUGUCCUCUUAACUGCUCUUCUUUGCUUAUAUUUCAGGUUCCGAGGUCCUUCCAUGAAUGGGGAGUAAUUGGGUGGAUCACACAAAACUUUCUCCUGAUCUGUCUUUCAGAGGGAUCUCCAAGGAUAGAAGUCAAGGUCUGGAUUCCUCACAAGCUAGAAAAGAUGAAGUUGAACCCUUUCCUGUUUCCAUUCUGUCUCUCUCCUUCCCAGUGGACAAAACGGAGUCACCAUUGUUCACUGAAUCGUCUCCUUCUAUUGGUGAAGCUGAAAGAGCUGCUGGGUUUCCAACCCAGGGACCUGUGUCCUUUGGGGAGGUGGCCAUCCAUUUCAACAGUGAAGAGUGGUUGCUGCUUGAUCCCAGCCAGAAAACCCUGUAUCAAGAAGUCAUGUUGGAAACGUCUAGGAUCGUGGCCUCUUUAGCAUUUGAUGUGCAGAAGAAGGAAAAUGCCCAAGAGCCAGAUUUAUUGCCAUUGCAAAUAAUCAAAGCUGAAAUUCCUGGGGAGACAUCUACAAAUAAGUGAGGAAGAAGGAAACCUGAAAAGAAGCACAAUUAGAAAGAAAAAUCUAUUCUUGAAUGUGUGGAAAUGGAUCGUUUCCUGACCCAACGUGAUUCCAAA